CUUAGUUUGGAACAGGCAGCUGCUUUCACCCAUCACACAGUCUCUUCGAGUAGAUCACCAAUAUUUGUUAUACCAGAAUCUGCAUCAUAUUCACAAUAUCAAAUUUCAAGUUUUCAACAAUCAAACAGAACACAAAUUUUAAAACGACAAGAACAAAACUGAAGUAAUUUACCUGCUUCCAUCUUUUCAAGCUCGGCGUACUGCUCCAUUUCAACCCUAAUGGGCUCCUUGAACAGUGGCUUACUUGUAGCCCUUAACCAAUCACUUGAGCAAACAAGUGCCUCAACCAUUUUAGGGGUCAAACUUGCUCUAAAUGGAUCAAGAAUCCUUUUUCCAAGACUGAAGGCGCUUUCACUAGCUACUGUUGAUGCAGGUACAGCCAUAACAUCUCUUGCAAUUUGCGAUAGAAUGGGAAAUCUAGCACAAUUCUCCUUCCACCAAUCCAACACUUGGAAGCUUGGGUUUGAAGGGUCCUCCGAUGGCUCCAGCAGCAUAGCUGUCGUGUUCAACCAAUAUUGCAGUUUCAGCAUCAAACUUUGGUUGAGUUGCAGAGAUAGACGCUUGUGCCGCCUCUGGAUCAUUUUCAGCAUACUCAACGAAGAGCUGCAGAAACAUGCUCUUUACUUCAUUCACCAUCGAACCCACCAAGGACUUGUCUUGCUGCAGUUUUGGGAAAAAAUAUUCCAUGUACAGCAGCUUGUACCUACAAAACAUAAAACAGUGUAA